AUGAAGAAAGCAGAGCUAAUAUUCAUUCCACUGCCGGAGACUGGCCACCUUUUGUCGACGAUUGAGUUCGGUAAGCGUCUGAUGAAUCUGGACCCUCGGAUUUCCAUGAUCACAAUCCUCUCCAUGAAACUCCCUUACGCUCCUCAUGCCGAUGCUUCUUUGGCGUCGCUCACAGCCUCCGAGCCUGGAAUCCGACUCAUCAGCCUACCGGAGAUCCAAGACCCACCUCCGAUUAAGCUUCUCGACACUUCCUCCGAGACUUACAUUCUCGAUUUCGUCGACAAAAACAUACCAUUUCUCAGAAAAACUAUCCGAGAUUUGGUCGACUCGAACCAUGUCGUAGGCUUGAUUCUUGAUUUCUUCUGCGUCGGUUUGAUCGACAUCGGCCGUGAGGUAAACCUUCCUUCGUAUAUCUUCAUGACUUCCAACUUCGGUUUCUUGGGGUUUCUACAGUAUCUCCCGGAAAGAAAUCGUUUGAACUCGUUGGAGUUCAAUGAAAGCUCAUCCAAGGAGGAGUUACCGAUUCCGGCGUUCGUAAACCGUGUUCCGGCCAAGGUCGAGCCUUAUGCUGCUGAGCAUUUUACUCGAGGACGAGAUUACCCUCACGUGUAUCCUGUUGGGCCGGUUCUCAACUUAACAGGCCGUACAAAUCCGGGUCUAGCGUCGGCCCAAUAUGAAGAGAUGAUGAAGUGGCUGGACGGGCAACCGGACUCGUCGGUUUUGUUCCUGUGUUUUGGGAGCAUGGGAGUGUUCAGUGCACCUCAGAUCCAACAGAUAGCUCACGCGCUCGAGCGCGUUGGGUUCAGGUUCAUCUGGGCGAUCCGUACGAACAUGGCAGGAGACGGCGAUCCCCACGAGCCGCUUCCAGAAGGACUCGUCCACAGAACAAUGGGCCGUGGGAUUGUUUGCAGAGAGUACGGUGUACCAAUCGCCACGUGGCCCAUGUAUGCGGAGCAACAGCUGAACGCCUUCGAGAUGGUGAAAGAAUUGGGCUUAGCCGUGGAGAUAAGGCUUCAUCACGUGGCGGAUGGUGAUAGGAUCACACUAGAGAUCGUGUCGGCCGAUGAAAUCGCCACAGCCGUCCGAUCUUUGAUGGACGGCGAUAACCCAAUCAGGAAGAAGGUCAAAGAGAUUUCGGUAGUGGCGAGGAAAGCUGUUGGCGAUGGUGGAUCUUCUAUGGCAGCCACCGGAGAUUUUAUCAGAGAUAUAUUCUUGAUGAUCAGUUGA